UUCAACUGAAUUUUGGGAAAACCUUUUAAAAUGGGGAACUGAACAAUCAAUGAUCAUGUCAAAUUCUCGGGAUUAUUCGAAAUAUGUAGAAAAUUUAGGAAGGAUUAUAAGAGAAUUUAUCAGAUUUAUUGAUUUCAGAAAGUUUCAACAUAAAUAUUAUUGUGACAAAGUUAUACCAUAUAGACAACUUUUUGAAGACGAAAUUUCUAUGGAUGUAAUCCCCUCUUCACAUAAAAAAUCCCCCUCUACAUCUAACAAACGAAAAAGAAUACGAAAAAAAUUAGAACGAGCAAAAAGGCAACGGAUAGAAUUAGGAUCAGACCCUUCUCGAUCUAUUUUAAUUAAUCAAAAACCAGUCCCCUCUCCAUCUAUUUUAAUUAAUCAAAAACAUAUUUCAUUGAUUUCUUCUUGGAUUGCUAAUGAUACAAAAGAUUCCUAUAAAUUAAAAUUAUUAUUGAGAGCUUCUAUUCGUGAAUUUUUAACAAGGACGUUUCAUAGAAGAUGUGAUAAUAAAGGUCCAACUCUUACGAUAAUUAAAGUUCUUGGAUCUCAAGAAAUUCUUGAAGAAAAAAUUAUUUUAAGUCGAGUUCAAGAUUCAUGUCAUGCUAUAUAUCAGCAUAAAGAUUAUGGACCAAGUUUUGGAAGAAAUGGAAGAAAGAUAAAACAAGAUUUAAGAAUGGUCAACAGAUUUAAUCUAUUUCCCAAGCAAGGAUUUGAUGAAAAUGAAGAAUGGUUUAAAUACGAUUUAAAAGAUGGUGGUGGAAUGUGUUCAUUAGCAGGUUUAAUAAUAGCUGCCAAAUGUAAUCCUAAAAAUGUUACAUUGACUGAUGGAAAUCCAAAUUAUAUAAGUAUUAAGAAAAUGUUAUGGGAUUUGAAUACUGCAUACAAUGAUACAUAUGAUGUAGUAAUUUGUGCUGAUUGCACAUUUGAUAAAUCAACUCAUCCACAUUUACUUCAUGUUCUUAAAUCAAUAAUUAAGAAACCUUUACCUAAUAAUAAUAGUAAUUAUUAUUCAGAUGGAGGAAGGGGAGGAUUAUUUAUUUUAUGUGCUCCAAAUCGAGGUGAUUCACUUAAUGCUUUUAUUAAAUUAAUAGAAAGUCUAGAGAAAGAUUUAAAAAUAGAAUUAUUAGUUAAAUAUGAUGAUAUAGUUUGGAAUAUUCAUGAAAAUAAUUUGAAUGAUAGUAAUAAUUAUGAUCCUGAUACACAUUAUCCUUUGAUUUUGAAGAUUUAUUGGAGAUAUUAA